CUGCAACUGGCUCUGCUCUGCUGAGACACCCAAGUCAGAAGCCAGCUCCAGACAACCACUCCUCAGCCCCGUGCUUGCUAGGGACUUUUCCUAGAGAAGCACAUUAUUGAUGGACUGGAUGAAAUCUGGAGUUGGGGUCCCGGGACUGUGGGUCCCUCUGCUGCCUAUCUUCCUGCUGGGGGUCUCCCAGGCACACCCCAUCCCUGACUCCAGCCCCCUCCUCCAGUUUGGGGGUCAAGUCCGGCACAGGCACCUCUACACAGAUGACAACCAGGAAACUGAAGUCCACCUGGAGAUUAGGCAGGAUGGCACGGUGAUAGGGACCACACACCGCAGCCCAGAAAGUCUCCUGGAGCUCAAAGCCUUGAAGCCAGAGGUCAUCCCAGUGCUGGGUGUCAAGGCCUCCAGGUUUCUUUGCCAACAACCAGACGGAACCCUGUAUGGAUCGCCUCACUUUGAUCCUGAGGCCUGCAGUUUCAGGGAGCUCUUGCUUGAGGAUGGAUACAAUGUGUACCAAUCUGAAGUCCAUGGCCUGCCCCUGCGCCUGCCCCAGAGGGACUCUCCAAACCAGGCCCCAGCAUCCUGGGGACCUGUGCCCCCCCUGCCAGUGCCAGGACUGCUCCACCAGCCCCAGGAGCUACCAGGGUUCCUGGCCCCAGAACCUCCAGAUGUGGGCUCCUCUGACCCACUGAGCAUGGUGGGACCUUUGCAGGGCCGAAGCCCCAGCUAUGCUUCCUGAAUCUUCCUGACUCUGGGGAAUGUAUUUUUUGGGGGUUUCUUCUUAUUUAUUGUGGGUAUUUAUCUAUUUAUUUUAAAAUCUUUCUUACUUGGGACAAUAAAGAGUCUGAAAGAAAAAUGUGUGUUUGAGAAGUGAAAUGUGUUUCUUGGGUUUCUUUGACUG